AUGAAAGACAAAGAUCUCUUCGACAAUGACGAUUCAUUUUCUUUCUUUAUUAUAGUUAUUCCCAAUAUUCCCAUCGAUACUCAAUGGUCACAAAAUGGAAAGACCGUUGCUGGAGGUAAUGGACGAGGCGAUGCCACAAAUCAACUCUAUUGGCCUGAAGGUCUCUUUGUUGAUGAUGAUCAAAGGAUGAUCAUUGCUGACUGCUUCAAUCAUCGUAUCGUCCAAUGGAAGAUGGGUAAUACGAAUGGACAAGUUGUAGCUGGAGGCAAAGGCCAAGGAAAUCGCUUAGACCAAUUGGAUCGUCCAACCGAUGUGCUAAUCGACAAAGAGACUGAUAGUCUCAUUAUCUGCGAUUUCGGGAAUAGACGAGUCGUACGAUGGUCUCGUCGUAGUGGCACAAGUCAAGGAGAAAUCCUUAUUGACAACAUCCAUUGUUAUGAAUUGUUCAUGGAUGAUCAGAGAUAUCUCUACGUCUCUGACAUCGCAAAACAUGAAGUCAGACGAUAUCAAAUAGGAGACAAGAAUGGAAUUAUCGUGGCUGGUGGAAAUGGCAAAGGUGCUCGUCUCAAUCAGCUCAACUUUCCGACUUACAUCUUUGUCGAUCAACAACAGACUGUCUCCGUUGCAGACAGAGACAAUCAUCGUGUAAUGAAAUGGAAUAAAGGUGCAAAAGAAGGCAUUGUCAUCGCUGGAGGUCAAGGUCAAGGGGAGGCUCUGACACAAUUGUCUCAUCCUAACGGACUCUUCGUCGAUACGUUGGGUACCAUCUAUGUGGCAGAUUCGUUGAAUCGUCGAGUCAUGCGUUGGCCUAAAGGAGCAAAACAGGGUACUGUUAUUGCGGGUGGAAAUGGUGAAGGAGCAGGAGCAAAUCAGUUCCAUUAUCUCCAUGGUUUGUCUUUCGAUCGACAAGGCAAUCUUUAUGUCGUCGAUGGUGGUUAUAAGGGAAAUAAUCGUGUUCAAUUUUUUUCAAUUCAAUAA